AUGAGGUUCCUUAGCACCGAGGCGUCCGUGACUCUGUUCUGUGGAGUCUGUGUUCUUUUCUCUUUGGACGGUCAGGCCACUCCCGCAACACUGAUGUUCAAAAGCAGCACGACCGCCGACAAGACAGGACGGACGGUCACUGUUGGACCGCAGAGCACGACGGACGAGCAGUCGACGAAGGCCUGGAAUCCAACAGGGACAGGAAGUCGUGCAAACCUUGAUGCAGGUGCAACGUCUGAAACGACCUCGUCUUCUACAGUGGAAACUGAAGACACUGCGUUCCAUCUUCAUCCAACACCGUGUCGCAGACGUCAGCUGCAGGCCUCGGAACUUCAUCCACGCCGCAGCGCGACUCCAGCACAACCGACCGAGGCUACACGUCCACAUUGCCUGACACAACGAGCUGUCUCCACCACUGACCCCCCCACCUCUACAGUCUCCACCACUGACCCCCCCACCUCUACAGUCUCCACCACUGACCCCCCCACCUCUACAGUCUCCACCACUGACCCCCCUACCACCUCCUCCGUCUCCACAAGUCCAACAGGAUCCUCUGUUGUUUAUGUUCCCAGGAAGUUGCCUCCUCCAUCAACCACUUUGUCUCCAUCAACAAUAUUAACCAGAUCAACAACAGCAACAACAACAACAACAACAACAGCAACAACAACAACAGCAGGGUGUGGGGUCAUUCCCAGCCUUGGGGUCCAACCCUGCUCCACACGUGGGCUGGUGAAGCAGUGUCUCAUCAUCGUGGCCUGCCUGGCCGUGUUGACCACCAUCUUCAUGGUCUCCACCAUCGUCCUGUGCACCAAGGUGUCAACCAGGAAGUACAAGCUCCGAAGACCUCAGCAGUCCACGGAGAUGAUGUGCAUUUCCUCGCUGCUGCCCGAGAGAAACUACACCUACGCCAGGCAACGCAGCCCGGUCUCCAACGGAGUCCUGGUGAUCCACGACCGAGCAGACAGCGAGGAGGAGCUGGGAGAUAACCUCACGCUGAGCAGCUUCCUGCCAGAUAACGACCGAUACGUUUAGAGACUUUUCUCACCAUCAGCCCUGGACUGAUCUCAGAGAUAUGGACCUCUGAGCUUCCUCUUUGAUGUCAGCAGUUUCUCUACACGAAGAAGAAAGUCACACUUUGAUGUUCAGGAACCAUGGCUUCAACGUCUGGUCAAGAACCAAAACAUUUUCCUGACCUUUAACCAGAGUGAAGAUCAGGAUCUGAGGUUUUUAUCUGAGCGAUGAGAGACAGGAAGUGGUAAAAAGUGAUGGAUGAUGAACUCUGAUGAAGACGGAGUCUGUUUGGAAAUGAAACUCACAGAAUAAUUUAUUAAAGAUGUCUCAUAUUUGAAAACACCUUUUCUCCCUCAUGUACACUGUGAUUUUCUUCUACUGUUACGGUUGGUUUGACUUUUAUAAGAGAACUCCAGGACUGACUGUACAUUUUGGGAAAUUUGAGACUUUGUUUGGAGUUUAAUACAAACCAACUGCAUUUGAAGUAAAUGGUUUAGUGCAUAAAAAUAUUUAAUUUUUUUGCAUUUUUUUUUUUUUUUUUUUGCUGUCAGCCCAGAAAUGGCAACAAAUCAGCCGCAACGCUCCACGAUCCAAACGAAUGAAAGUAAAUCUACAAUAAUUUAGAAGAGGAUUAUAAUUGGCUACUGCAGUUUAGCCAUAUAAAGAGAUAUUUGAUAGCUAGAAAGAAAUUUGCAAAAUUUAACAAAAAAGGUCGGCUGAUUUAAAAAAGAAAAGUAAAUUAACCCUGUGGUCAGAUCGACCCAAAAAGGAAAAAUAAAUAAAGUACUGGAAAAUAUUUUAAAAGGAGGCCAGUUACAACACACAACUACACAAAUACAGCAAAAGAAAUACUAAAACUAAAUCAGUAAAGAAGAGCAGAACAUUCAGAAAAUAUAUCAAAGAUAAAGCUCAGAAAAACAGGACAAACGAGUCUCAGACAAGAAUAAUUUAAUAUUUAAGUAGAACGGUUAAUUUUGGAUUUGAAAUCCAAGCGGGGAUUCACCAGUAAUUGAACAAAUCUUUGUGCCAGAAACGUCUGAAGUGGAGAUUAGGUGCUGAUGAAAGAAGGCCGCUCUUGUCCGUGGGACUUAUUUGUGUUCUCUGUAACUCAAUUCACUUCCUUGUUAGUGUGAAACUUCAUGAAAGACUUUGCUUCAACUCUGGACUUCAUUUCAUAUUCACUUCCCUUCUUGCAAAAAGAAACUUGAGCCCAAGAAA